CCAGUCGUCGCAGUUCUCAUUUGACAGCGCCCGCAAGUAGGUUACACAUUUUUUUUUCCCCCAGCUCGAAAGCAAGUGAAAGUAACUGAAAGCACCCAUACCAACCAACUUGCAAUAGCUGUGCCAUUAUGGAGUACAAACUGAUUGGGCCAGAGCAUUAUGAGGAGGUGAUCGACCAUCUGCGGAGGAACUUCUUUGCGGACGAACCAUUGAACAAAGCUGCUGGGCUGUGUCAGAAGGGAUUCGGUAACAGCGAGCUGGAGCACCACAGCCUGGAGACGCUGCAAGAUCAGCUCAGCCUGAUGGCAGUGGCUCGCAGCGAAGGGGCAGGACAGGCGGGCUGCAAGAUUGCUGGAGUGAUACUGAACGGCAUCCUGCGGCCGGGCGACACAGUGCUGGCCCUGCAGAAGCUUCAGGCGAGCAGCGACAUCAACUUCAAGAAGAUCUUCGAGCUACUAUACAAUCACAACCUGAAGGUAGAUCUGUUCGGGCGCUUCAAAGUGGACCGCAUCUUUGAUGUUCGCAUCCUUUCGGUGGACGCCAGCUACCGCGGCCAGGGCAUUGCCAAGGAGCUGGUUAAGCACGCCGAGUCGCUGGCCCGCAAGCGCGGCUUCCGUCUGCUCAAGGCCGAUGCCACGGGCAUCUUCUCGCAGAAGAUCCUCCGCUCCCACGGAUUCGAGCUCUUCGCCGAACAGCUGUACGCCAAGUACACGGACGCAGGCGGUCAGGUGGUCCUGCCCGUAGAAGCGCCACACAUUAAGCUCCAGCUGCUGACCAAAAAAGUCGGCCACGACGAGGCAGACGUUGACGUAGAGCCGCAGUAAGGCGGACGCUCGCAUUCAACAAUAAUCUUUUGUAUUUUCUACAGAGACACUCAACAUAGUAUUUAUACGUACACACAGAUAUUGAUAAUCAUAUUGGAAUGUGGACAGGACAGCAGCCUGUCCGGCUGGUCCUGUUUGCGUAAUUGCGUUUGUAAUAAUUGUUGUUGUUAUUUGUAUUUUUUUGUUUUUUGUAUGGGGACCAACUGCGUCAGAAGCCGCGCGCGUAUCAAUGAUAUAAACUAAACUCAAAUAAAGUCUAAUGUUGUGCCAAA